AUGGCGAACGAUGCUUCUGAAACCCUAGGGGCACUCCAACAGCUCGAAGCAGAGCAGGGUGACCUGAAAAAACAGCUGGCGAUUAUUCGCAUCAGUGAACCCAUUUCCGACGUUGUCGAUGCCAACUUCUCUCCCUCGAAGCGAGGCUCCGACGUCUCCUUAUCCAACCUGAAUGACCCGACACCAGCCUCUCUCGAGGCGGAUCUCACGCAUUACAAGGAACUUUUUUCUAAGCUACGAUUCUCCUACGUCGAGCAGGUAACGAAAGAGAAAUUCUUGCGAGCGAUCGUGGGUGACCCGCCGCUCGUGGUAGGACACAAUGAGAAUGUGGAGUUGGAGACGCAGCUGGCGGAAGUGAAAGCAGAGCUCAAGGCAAGCAAGGAAGAAGCGCGUCUUAUGAUCGAGGAGAUGGAGAAAAUGGGCCGAGAUCUGGCGAGCCGCUACAAGAAUGUCGAGGUACAAAUGGAACAGCUAUCGACUCUCCCUGACGCUAUCGAGAACCUCGAGUCCACCAUUGCAGGGCUCCGCGCGAAACAGGUCGCCAAUAUGGACUCUUCGGACCCACGGUCGUCUCAGAAUCUUCCUCUCCCUGCGACAUUGAGCCUGUUGGCUGAGCGAGAGGUGGAAUUGGCUGCGCUGAACAGGCAGAUUGCUGCUGUGCAGAACAUGUUGCCUCGUAAGACUCGAGAAGCCGAGGCGAUUGAGAGGGAGUGUACGGUGCUUGAGCGACGCAGGGUUGAAGCAAUUGCACAGGCCCGCGAGGCGCAACGGAAGAAGCUGGAAGGGGAGAGCGACGGUCUCGAGGAGAUGGGCCGAUGGUACCGAGGUGCAGAAGAGACAUUGAAGGAGAUGGUGGGCGUAGAGGGAUGA